AUGUCUACUAUUUCCCUCGGUACAUACCUUUUUAAGAGACUUCACCAGGAGCCAUUUGGCUUGAAAUCCAUCUUUGGUGUUCCUGGUGACUUCAACUUGACGCUUCUCGAUAAGAUUGACGACGUUGACGACUUGACAUGGCGUGGUAACGUUAAUGAGUUGAACGGUGCUUAUGCUACUGACGGUUACUCCAGAGUGAGAGGUAACGCCAAAGGCGAAGGACUCGGUUUUGGUGCUCUUGUGACGACUUUCGGUGUGGGAGAGCUUAGUGCCAUCAACGGUGUUGCUGGCUCGUUCGCUGAACAUGUGGGUAUGAUCCAUAUUGUUGGUAUUCCAUCGCUUGACUCUCAGCGUAAGCAAUUGUUGUUGCACCACACUUUGGGUAACGGUGACUUUAAUGUGUUUUCCAGAAUCUCAGAGAACGUUUCUGUGACACACGGGAUCCUUGACGAUCCAGCUCACGCUGCUGAAGUUGUCGAUAGAGUGAUCAGAGAAGCUUACAUCGGACAGAAACCAGGCUACUUGGCUUUCCCAGCCAAUAUGGUCGAGGUUAAAGUGCCUGCGGAGCGUUUGGAUACCCCAAUUGACGUGAGCAUCGCCAAGAACGACCCUGAGGCGCAAGAGGAGGUUUUGGAGAUUAUUUUGGACUUGAUCAGCAAGGCAAAGAACCCUGUUGUUAUCGUUGAUGCUUGUUGCGCCAGACACAAUGCCAGUGCUGAAGCUGCCAAGUUGAUUGACGUGACAAACUUCAAGUACGCUACUUCUCCAAUGGCUAAAGGUACAAAGCACAUUAACGAAGACGGCGACCGUUUUACUGGCGUUUACGUUGGAUCUUUAUCGUAUGAAGACGUCAAGGCCUCAGUUGAAGAAUCUGACCUCGUGCUUUCCAUUGGUGCUAUUCUCAGUGACUUCAACACUGGUGCUUUCUCGUACGCCCUUAAUAAGAACACCGUUGAGUUCCAUUCAGACCACACCAAGAUCAGAAACGCCUACUUCCCUAAUGUCGCAAUGAAGGAGGUUCUUAAUAAGCUCAUCGACCUGCCCAAAUUGAAGGAGGCCACUGCCAACUACAAGCCUACGGGUAUCACCAAGCAUCCGUUUGAGCCUAUCGAGAACAUUGAAGGCAAGGAAAUCACACAGAGCUGGUUGUGGCACCGUCUUUCUGACUUUUUGCAGCCUGAUGACAUUGUUAUUACCGAUACCGGUACUUCCUCGUUUGGUAUCAUCCAGACAAAGUACCCUAGGGGCACAUUGGGCAUUUCCCAGGUUCUUUGGGGCUCUAUUGGAUACUCUGUUGGUUCUACGUUUGGUGCGGCCACUGCAGCUCACGAGCUCGAUCCUUCCAGGAGAGUGAUUCUCUUUGUUGGCGAUGGUUCUUUGCAAUUGACCGUCCAGGAGUUGUCUGCCAUGGUGAGAAACGGCUUGACGCCAUAUAUCUUUGUUUUGAACAACUCUGGCUUCACCAUUGAAAAGUACAUCAACGGUCCAGAGGCCGACUACAACAAUAUCCAGCCCUGGAACUAUAAAUUGCUCUUGCCAGCGUUUGGCGCCCAGAACUACGAGGCCUUGACUGUGGACAAUGCGUCUGAUCUCGAUAAGCUCUUCAAAGACGAAGCGUUCGCCAAAAACGAUAAAAUCAGACUCAUUGAACUUAUCAUCGACAGCAAGGACGCUCCAGAUAACCUCAAGAAGCAGGCCCUCUUUGCCAGCCAGGCCAACGCCGGUUGA